AUGGACGUGCUCAUCUCCCGUGGGGCGCAGCUGGAGGAGUUGGACCUCCUGGGCCGCACGCCGCUGAUCCACGCCACCGUCUUCCGGGCGGCGGAGGCUGUGGUGUGGCUGGCCCACAAGGGCGCCAAGCUGGCGCACGCGGAUCAAGAUGGCCGCACUGCGCUGCACUGGGCGGUUCGGAGCUCGGCCCCACUGACGGCGCUGCUUGCGACUGUAGGGGCGCCCCUGGACGUCUUAGAUCUGGAGGGCUGCAGCCCGCUAGGAACCGCUGUGGAGCUGGAACGGCUAGAGGUGGUCGAGCAGCUUGUACUCUCCGGCCGCGCGGACCGGGUCAUGCGGGAGGCUGCUCUUGCGAGGCUUCGGCCAGGGCCCUGCAGCAGCUGGCUGCGGCGUUGCCUGGAGCAGCAGGUUGGCUGCCAUGCGGCCUUGCAGGAGCACUGCUUCCUGAGCUGCCAGGCCUUUCCGGAAAGCCGCGGCUGCCGGGGCCCUGAGCAGAUCCAGGCAGAGCCCCGGGAGUUCUGCUGGGCCUGCGCCGUGCUGGCGCUGGGGUCUGCCGUUUUUAUGCUGGCGAAGAACGACGGCUCAGUACGGGAAAUCGACGGACCGAGCCAGCUGCUGUGCGCGAUGGUGGUGCCAUUGACAUGGGCAGGCGCGCUUUGCUUCCUCGCGGGUGCGCGGUUGCCCCCUGGCUCCGUGCCGGCCACUGAAGCGCGGGCGCGGCGCUACAAACACGUGCUGCAGCACGCCGCGGCAGUGAAGGCCGAUGAUCCCGAUCCGGGCGACUUCAACUGGUGGGGCACCAAGGCGCAGGUGGUGCACGAGCUGGAGAUGCUGGGCCCAGAGCGCUCCAAGUUCUGCACGGCCACUCGUCAAUGCGUUCCUAUGUUCGACCACUACUGCGCCUUCUUGCGAAACUCGGUUGGGCCUGGCAACUAUGCUGCGUUCAUCAGCUGCGUGUGCUGCGCCUUCAUCGUAUGCGUGGCCUUGUCCAUCUCGGCCAUCCGUCUCUCGUGGCUUCACUGGAUGCUGGAAGGCCUGCAGCAUCAACAUGGAUCGAAGCGUUCGACAUCGCACACCUUAGACGCCUGCAUGAGCAAUGGCCUCGUUGUCGUCCAUGGCGCGCGUGCCGUUGUCGGCGCCAUCGCCCUCUCGCUUCUUGCGAGCGCUUUCACGCCCCGGCUUUCCUUUUGCCGCUCGACCCCCUUGCGGCUCGCGCGGGGAGUGGCUUGUUGCUGCGCAGAGGAGGAGUUCCCCUGCAGCUUUGAAGAGUUUCAGCAAGGCCCUGAGGAGCUUUGGCAGCGCUGGGACGAGGCGGUGCCGGAGCCUGAGCUGGCCGCACCUCUGCAGCAGCUGCCCGAGGCUUUGCGCUGGGCGCUGUUGCGGGAGCAGCUGCGCUGGGUGCCGAGGGAGCCGGCGAGGUGGAGCCUGGGGCCCUGGGCGCUGGCGCUGGAGGUUGACGCGAGCUGGGGCGCGGCGAGCUCGACUGGGCUCAUCCGCCUGGCAGUAUCGGUGCUCGCGGAGAUCCUGGCGCGAACUGGCCAGCCCUUGGAGAGAAGCGAGCUUUGCGCACUGUUGUGGUUUCUUGAAUUCACGCUGAGUGGACAGGCCAGCGAUUGGAAGCAGAUUGCAGAGCUCCGGCGAUCGGUGGAGAUGGCAAUCCAAGAGGAAAAGGGCACAUUGCGUACCGAGCUCGAGCCGGGCAUUACUGGGGCGGACUUGCCGCUGUGCGUGGGCGACGUUUUGUCGGUGAUCCAUGAGUGCUGUCGCGCGCUCCAAUUGUCGUGCCCUUGGCCCGCAGAUUUGGGCCACUUGGACGCGCUGCUCUUCGUAAACCUGGUCGAGGCGUUUGACAAGAAGAAGAGCAGAUGGAAGCCCCUGGGCGGCCUUAAGGCCGCACGCGCCGCCCAGGCGGUGCGCCAAACCAUCAUGGCGCUGCCGCUGCGCCAGGACACGGUGCGGCAGCGGCACAGGAAGCUCUGCAGCCUCUCGCGGCAAGAGCGGGAGCAGCUGGGCGAGCUCGCCUGGGGCCUGCAAGACGGGGAGGAGAGCGGUGAGUACCACGAAUCGGAUGAGUCUGAUGACGAAGAUCAGGAUGAGUUCGACGAAUUGGAGUCUGAUGACGAUCAGGAUGAGUACAACGAGUCUGAGGAUGAGGGUGAGGAGUACAUUGACUCGGAGAAGGCGCCCUCAGACGUGCGGCUAAGACGACAAGCACGGGUGCAAUGGCAGCCGUCCAAGCUCGGCGUGAGCGACACAAGCGACGCCAGCGACUUGCUGGUCCGUGCAACCAUGUACAUGCACCACAUCUCGGCCCCCUGGAAGCAGCGCUGGAUCCGGGACGUCGCCAAGCAGGCGAAGCUGUCGGGCCUCUGCGUCUUCGGAAAGCCGGGCCGGAUCCUGGUGGAGGGGCCGCUCUCGCUCGUCCGCAGCUACACCAGCCAGAUCAAGUCUUGGCCCUGGAAGCGCUGCGACCUGGCGGGGCCGUGGCCGGUCACGUCCCGGGCCUUCCGGCGCUUCCGGGAGCUGAAAGGCUCAGAGGAGUUCCGGAGGGAGGUGAGCAAUGCGAAGCUUUCCGAUGAGUUGAAGGGCAUCAGGACAGCGGAGCCAAAGAAAACAGAAGGGCUGCCGCUUCACAACGUUCAUUUGGUGGCGGCCUACUUCAUAGUGGUGGCGUCGCUGCUGGGGGCUCUGCUGGGCUUUCAGACAGUGCUGAACGUUUUGGGCCUCACCACCUACGAGAUGCUCCAAUUCGCGCGGCGCAGGCCUGUUCCCUAUUUGCUGGAUGAGAAGGGCUGCUACCAGAAUCCUUACAACCGAGGCUUCCUCCGCAACUUCUGGGCGCGCUUCAGCGGGGAUUACAGUGACACGAUGAGAAGCGCAGAGAACGAUGAUGGUCUUUACUUUGCAGUGUAA